AUGGAAAAUAAGGAUACUGAACUCACACGGAAGCUAGGGUUAGUCGAUGUUCGAUCACAAAGUUCCCUUGAAGCACAAAUUGGUAAAAAUAUUGCAUUACAGAGUCGUACCAAAAGUAUAGAAGAAGAAGAGAAGAGAUUAAAGAGGGCUAUUAAUGCUCUUACUAAAGUUCAAUAUAAAAGAAAUACAAUACGAACAAAGUUUGAACACUCUAGACUUUCAGUUAGAGAAAAAGCCAAAAAGGAUUAUAAAGAUCUUGAUCAUGAAUACAAUGAAUGUAUUAGGACUGUGGAUUCAAUAAAAAAGAGGCUAAAAGAACUGAAAAAUGGGGAGAUACCGUCUGGGAACGAGAAAGAUGAUAACGAAGCUUUGGAAGGCAGAAGACCUAAUGAAUCAGAAAGAGAUUAUUUAGUUAGAACUGGUCAAAUUACUGCUUUUGGAUCUAAAACAGGUUUUGUUUUAGAAAAUGAUGAUACCUCAGCUGCAACUUUAUCUGAGGAAAAGAAGGAAAAUGAUUUCGAAAUGGCAAAUGAACAGAUGGUCGAAAACCUUACGGACGAAGAUGAAACUGAAGAUAUGAGAAAUGACCUUGAUUAUACCGAAGAACCUGCAGCUAAAGAAAAUUUAGAACCAAACGACGAUGAUGACUAUGAAACUGUAAAUAUUGGCAAUAUAUCAGAUGAACUUUCUGAUUCUGAGCCAUCGAUAAUCUCAAAACCAAGUGAGGCAAAGGAUGAUGGUGAUGAACUUUAUUAUCAGAAGAGACUUCGAAAAUGGAUUAACCAACGUUCGAGUGAGCGAGCCAUCGAUAGUUAUCCUGACGUUAAGGAGUGGAGGAAACCUCAUCCAAAAAUCCCAGAUGCGAAGUUAAAUGACAGUUUCAAAAUCCCAGGUGACAUAUUUUCCCUGUUAUUUAAUUAUCAAAAGACCUGUGUUCAAUGGUUAUAUGAACUGUAUCAACAGAACUGUGGUGGUAUUAUAGGUGAUGAGAUGGGGUUGGGGAAGACCAUUCAAAUAAUUGCGUUCUUAGCAAGUCUUCAUCACUCAGGAUUACUAAAUGGCCCUGUCUUAAUUGUUUGUCCCGCAACUGUAAUGAAGCAAUGGUGCAACGAACUUCAUCAUUGGUGGCCACCAUUACGAACAAUCAUACUUCAUUCUACAGGGUCAGGUAUGUCUACAAAAAAAAAUUUUAGCGAAGAGGAGCUUGAACAGGCAAUGAUGAAUGCAAAUCCAAAUGAACUGACGUGUGAAGAUUUCCAAAAUAGAUCAAAAACCAAAGCAAGUUUAGAAUCAACUUUUAAUAUCCAAUCUUUAAUCGACAAAGUUAUCAAUGACGGUCAUAUUAUAAUCACCACUUAUGUUGGUUUACGAAUUCAUUCGGAACAACUGUUAAAAGUUAACUGGGCUUAUGCUGUAUUAGAUGAAGGUCAUAAGAUAAGAAAUCCUGAUUCUGACAUUUCUUUAACUUGCAAAAAAAUAAAGACUCCAAAUAGAAUAAUCCUUUCUGGUACACCUAUACAAAAUAAUCUAAUCGAAUUAUGGUCAUUAUUUGAUUUUAUUUAUCCAGGAAAACUUGGAACCUUGCCAGUUUUCCAACAACAGUUCGUCAUGCCCAUUAAUGCGGGUGGUUACGCAAAUGCAACAAAUAUUCAAGUACAGACAGGUGUGAAAUGUGCAACUGCACUUAGGAACCUUAUAUCUCCAUAUUUAUUACGCAGAGUCAAAAGUGAUGUAGCCAAAGAUUUACCUGAGAAAAAGGAAAUGGUUUUAUUUUGUAAACUGACCCAAUAUCAGAAAAAUAGAUACCUAGAAUUCUUGAAUUCUAAUGAGCUCACACAGAUCAGGGGCGGUAGGAGGCAUGUCCUAUACGGUAUUGAUAUUUUAAGAAAAAUAUGCAACCAUCCUGAUCUUCUUGAGAGAGAAGAAAGACAGUAUGAAACAGACUAUGGUAAUCCGAAAAGGUCCGGAAAAAUGCAAGUCGUUAAACAGUUAUUAUUGUUAUGGCACAAGGAAGGUCAUAAAACAUUGUUAUUUACACAGUCAAGACAAAUGCUUGAUAUUCUUGAACAAUUUAUUCAAUUUAAAGAUUCUGAUCUCUCAGUUUUAAAAUAUUUAAGAAUGGAUGGUACUAGCAAUAUUUCAAAGAGACAAGGGUUGGUAGAUCAAUUUAAUAACGAGGAUUAUGAUGUUUUUCUUUUAACUACAAGGGUUGGAGGACUUGGUGUUAAUUUGACUGGUGCUAACCGAAUUAUUAUUUAUGACCCAGAUUGGAACCCUUCGACAGAUAUGCAAGCUAGAGAAAGGGCAUGGAGAAUUGGCCAAAAACGAGAAGUUUCAAUAUAUAGACUAAUGGUUUCAGGGUCAAUUGAGGAAAAGAUUUAUCAUCGACAAAUCUUUAAACAAUUCCUGACCAACAAAAUCCUUACUGACCCAAAACAGAAAAGGUUCUUCAAGAUGAAUGAAUUACGUGACUUAUUUACACUUGGGGGAGACAAUGGUCUUGCUUCAGAGGAGUUAAGUGAAGAAGUUGACCGUCAUACGUCGUCAUUAAAGAACUCAAAGACAGAGGAAAGUGACGAUUUCGAGCAGGUAAUUAAUCUUUCAGGUGUCUCAAAGCUUGAAAGCUUUUUCAAUGGUAAAGAAGAAAAAGAAAAAUCUAAAACUGAGGAUGAUCGUUUAAUGGAGGGCUUACUUGGAGGUGAAGGUGUUUUGGAAAAAUUAAGCACACAUGAUGCAGUCUUAAGCUCACAUUCAGCUCCCUCAAAGAUUAUCACAAAGGAAGCAGAUAAAGUGGCACAGGACGCUUUAAGUGCCUUACGUAAAUCAAGAAACGCAACAAAGAAAUACACAAUUGGGACCCCAACAUGGACGGGAAAAUUUGGUCAAGCUGGUAAAAUCUCAAAAAAGAAGCUAACUUCCAAAAAGACCACCAGUGGUUCUUUUGGAAUCUUAAAUAACAUAAAAAAGGCUCAAUCAUUAUCCCCGGAGCUUAACUCGUCCCCUUCUCCAAAUAUACAAUCUGAUGAGGUAAUUGAAAGUAAGAAUACUCUGAAGAAAAUCGAACAAUACUUGAACUCGAAAGAAGACAAUUUUGCGUCAUCUGCUGAUAUAGUAAAAAAUAUUGGUAUUACGCUAUCUGAGAAAGACGAUCUUAUCAAAGCCAGAGCAUUGUUGAAAACAAUUGCUCAUUUUGAUCAAAACAAGAAAGGAUGGAUCUUAAAUGACGAAUUUAGAAAAUAG